AUGCGCCCCUUACAAGAUGCCCAACAGGCGCGUCCGACGGCGCUGCCUCGGAUCGGCUCGACAACUGCGCUCGAAGCGGUUCUCUUCCCAUUACUGCGAAGCCCGGGUCUAGCACGUGUCAGAUUGGGGAGAUGGCUCGUUUCGCGGGCACGGUCAUUCCGUCCAAUGUGCAAAUGGGAACAGGUAAACGCCUUUAGGGGGUGGGGAGAGAUCCGCUGGCUUUUUAAAAAAAGGAUAAUAACAGCCACAAAAGAGUCUCUCACCUGCAUUCUUCCUUUCUUCCAAGCACCAUCCUAAGUGCUGAAGCGAGAGGAUAAGAGACGACUGACUUGGGAAGCGAAAGGCAAAAGAAGGACAGACCCGCUGGCAUUUGCCCACCACGGAUCCCGAAGAUUGGGUGAGCGGAGCAGGAGGCGUCCCCCUUAAAGCUGAACUCCACCUUAUUCUCCCACUAUCACAUGACGGUGUGCGGUGCGGGAUGUGAAGAUCCCAGCACACGCGCCUCACCUUUAAGCUGCACAUCUGGAGGUGGGUUGCCUAGUAAUUCCGAAAUAAAUGUAAUUAAGUAUGGAAACUGCAGGGAAGGAGGGGGAGCGGGGAGGAAAGGGGCUGGGAAGAGCUCUCGGGUGUGGGAGACAGUUUCUGAAAUGCUUCUGCAAUCCGGAUUUUUGUCGGCGUGGUGGUUUGUGAGCCUGCGCCACCUCGUGGCCCAAGACCGUCGAUGCCGAACCCUUCUCUGUGCAUGGGAUUAUGUAAAACGAUCAUUAGCGGGAGUGGCGGCUGGGAUGUGAUUUCAUGUGCGACCCCCCCCCCCCAAAAAAACCCUGGGCUUUUUCGAAUGAGAAAAUUCGACUGAUGGAGAGGCCCAAACGUUUUGUGUGUGUUUGUGUGUGUAUAAAAAAAUCUAUUAGUUAAAUGGAAAACACAAAGAAGAUGAGCUAUCACUUCUGAAAUCAACUAACAGAGCAAAAAAGGUAAAGGUAAAAGGACUGCUGACCAUUAGGUCGAGUCGCAGACAACUCUGGGGUUGCGGCACUCAUCUCGCGUUACUGGCCGAGGGAGCCGGCGUACAUGUGGCCAGCAUGGCAAAGCCGCUUCUGGUGAACUAGAGCAGCACACGGAAACACCAUUUACCUUCCCGCCGGAGCAGUACCUAUUUAUCUACUUGCACUUUGACGUGCUUUCGAACUGCUAGGUUGGCAGGAACAGAGCAAUACAUUAGUCCAGAACUGGAGAUAUACCACUGCUAUGCUGGCAGUACAGAGUACCACAUCCAAUGUGUGCCCUGCCCAAGAUGGCAGGGAGAAAUUAGCAUAAAAUACAAAAGUGAUGUUUCUGGGGAAAUGACAGUCUCCUGGCAUCUCUGGAAACUCCAACCACAGCCCACCAUUCCAAAGCUGUGCUGAGCCCAGCGAUGCCACUCCCCCACAGAGGCAGUCAAUGAACUCAGCACAAUUGGGACACACCCAUUGCACCCCAUCAUCACCACAAAAUGACAACACGGAACCCCCUACUCUGUUAAGCCAUGGUGAUGCAGCUAGCAAGCACCCUAUUGCCACCAGUCCCCAGGCAUGCUCUCAGGCAGGGCUUUGAGUCCACAUGUGUUCCUUACUGUGGCAUUUGCCCGUUCUUUUUAAAAUGCCUGUACAGGGGGAGAGAAAGAGUUAAUAGGUAGACCAAUAGAAAAGCCAGAGGCAGAGCCUACCUGUUUAUAAAAGGGCUUAGUCCAUGGUUUGGUUGGUUGGUUGGAAAAAGGCAGUUGGGAAAGCAGUUGGCCGACAGUUGGAAUUAGAGAGACAGUUAGUGCAGUUGGUUCUUGAGUGAGGGCAGGUAGAAGAGUUAAGAGACAGGAUAAAAUAAGACUAAGAAGGUAAAGAGUAACAACAUUUUGAAUGCAGUUAAAGUUUAUUUGUGUUUGCAAUAAACUACACUCUUCUUUGUUAACUUAAGAACCUGACUGAGACUAAGUGAUUUACCGGGGAGGACCUAGUUGGUGGCAGCGGAUUAGUGGUGUACGGGUCAAUAGUCCGUGAGACGACCGGGGGGCUCCGUUCGAAUGCCACACUUACAACUACUGUUUUUCAGCAAACACACACAAGGGAAGAAAGAGAAUCCACAUGACAUCACUUCUAUAGAGCUCCCUGGGCAGACCCACACGCCAACAGACACAUUGGACAAGAGUGCAAGACCCACCCAGGGUGGGGCCAGGAGACACAGCAAGUGCAGCCACAGAACAUAUGAAAAGCCUGCUGGAUCAGGCCAGUGGCCCACCUAGGCCAGCAUCCUGUUCUCACAGCAGCCAACUAGAUGCCUGUGAGAAACCAAAACAGAAGUCCACUCUCCCUGUGCUUUCCUGGAAUUCAAAAGCGUACUACCUCCAGCCAUGGAACAGAAGCGACAUCCAGCAGCUCAUUGCAUAGGGUAGCAGAGGGGAGCCUAAUGAGGUCCUUGUGUUUUGAUGGCCUUCCUAGUUAGCCUCCGGGGCUAAAUGGUGGCUCAGUACCACUUUCCAAGGAAUACAGAGAAUAUCACAGAAUAAAUAACUCUGUAUGUGGUUUACAAAAAUUCAUUGACAGUAAUGUACCAAAAAAGGAACCAUGCAACGGUUGAGCAAUGAAUUGCCAUUUCAUAGUUCCUUUUUGGCCCAACCAGAAGAAGAUUCAUGAAACAGAGAUUGAAAUCUCAUUGUCAGAGUUCUGUUGCAAUUGCACCAGCAACAAGUAUACACAUGGAGAAUUAUUCUCUUGGACUCAUUGCAGGAAUAUUUGGAAUGCCUUUUUAAAAAAAACCUUGAUUGCAGGCUUUGCUGGCUUCUUGCCAUGCCCAGACAUCCUGGAUCCUUCUUAUUACAGCAGACAACUACAAAGAUAAGAGUUUUCUAUUUGGAAUAUUUGACUUCGAUAUAUUGAAUUGUGUAUGUCACUAUGAUUUCGGCACUGUAGAUAGCAUUUAAAACUCUUAAGUAUUAGGUGGUGUUGAUUACUGUCAAUGAAUUUUUGUAAACCACAUACAGAAUUAUUUAGUUUGUGAUACGCUCUGGUGGCAGCAGCAGCCAUCCUGCUUGUGCUCCCUGAGAGGUCUGCUCCCUCGUGGUACAGGGCAUCUGAGUGAGCAGGGAAAGGAGGAACUGUGUCCCCUGCCCACCUCCUUCUGAGACCCAUCCUGAGGCAGGCAGCUGAAGCUGGGUCAUAUUAGGGUCUGACCAUUGUAGUUGCAGCCCAUGUGAUAGGGCAGAGCCAUGCAGCCACCCUCUGGACACCAGUAGCUCUGCACCUUGGUCACAGCAUACAGCUGUAUGUACAUUGAGCCCGUUUCAUUGAACUUGUGUGCAGAACUCCCUAGGCCAGGCUUAGCAAAGCGAAAAGAGCAGAAGUUUGAUGCCCGUGGAUGUGACUGUUGUGAUUGGUGCAGAAUGGUGGUUUUUGGCUGCCAAAGUUAAAAUGUAAGAGAAAUAUAGAUUUUUGACACCCACGAAAAACAGAAUAGAUCCUGCAUAUUGGUGGCUCACGCUUCAGAGGCUGCGAGUCCAAGGCCACAUUCAUUUUUUUAAAGAAAGAAAAUGAAAAGAAACCCAACUGAGAGCACCUUGUUUUGUAGCUGUUGUGGCAGGCUCCAAGCCAAGGGCCAGCUUGUCAUUUCAAAUUGCCGGAUGAAUGCCAUGAAUAAUUAUCAGUCAUACUCCCAACAGACUCAGGAUACUAAACAGAUACACAUCUCAGUGCUCCUGGAAGAAGACUAUUGAUUAAACAAUAACUGGCAAAGGAAAGAAAAUGUCAGAUUGACUGCUGCGUUUAACCCAGAUGCAGUACGUGGAGAGCAUAUCCAUAAGGCCUAGGGUGGUCAGAUGAGGGUGUUUCACUAGCCCAGCUUUUUUCAUCCUGGCAUAUUAAGCCAAACUCAUUUUAUUUUCUAAAGUCCCUCCUUUGCUUCUGGUUGCCCUGUUUAGACUGCAUGCAGUUGCUUCUGAGACGGGUUUGGGAUAACUGAAGCAGGAGUAGUCAAUGUGGUGCCUUCCCAAUGUUUUUGGACUACACCUCCCAUCAUCGCUGCCCUUUGCCAUACCAGCUGGGGCUGAUGGGAGUUCUAGCCCAAUAACCCCUUGAGGGUAACCACACAGACUACCACUGAACUAAAGCCUAAUAUCUUGAUUUAACUUUAGUAUCUCACUGAUAUAGAGCAAGGGAUGAUCAUUGUGCACCUAAAAACUCAUUGGUGCUCCUAGACAUGGUUUGGCUCCUGGAUGUUCAGGUUCCAACUGCAACUAUGAGCAUUUCUCCAUAGCCUUGUUUGUGCACCAGCUGCAUCCUUUUCUGGAGAAGGCAGAUCUUGCUAUUGCCAGCCAUGCUUUGGUCCUGUCCAGGUUCAGCUUCUGCCACAAAUUCUAAACCUUAAAAACUACAGGUGGUGCAGAGUGCCUUGGCCAAAUUGCUUUUGGGUUCCCUUUAUAGCUGAGGUGGGAAACUCAGGCUCAUGGGCCAAAUCCACAACUCCAGGCCAGCCCCCUCACUGGCCUUGGUUCACACCCUCCUUGAGUGAUUUUUGCCUGACUGGAAGGUGUCCUUGAUCUCUGAUAAUGACUGUUGUUUGUUCGGAUGGAGGACAGAGAGUGUGUAUAUUCAGAAGCUAUGAAUGCAGAAGUACAAAGGUGUCCUGGCUCCCAGUUUCAGACUCAGUAUUCGGACUCUUGGCUCAGGUAUGAUGCUUGUUCCAAAAUUCACUACAGCUCCCCAACAUAGUUCAUGUUACAGGUUACAAAGUCAGAAGGCACAGCAGAGCAUUAAGGUACAUGGCCAGGUGUAAGCUAAGAUGCUGUCCAAACAACUGCCAUGUCCCAUAAGCUUUCCUUUUGCAGAGUGGGGAGGACACGGUCAUUCGUGUGGUUGUCCCCAACCUCAAGACUGGGCAAGCAAGUGGGCACUCCUUCAAGUAGGCUAAGCAUGCAAACUGUGUUCAUGCCACUGAGGCUGCCUUCACGGCCUUGGAGAUAGAAGUGGGGCUAGCUUGCUGUCCGAUUUAUCCAUAGGCACCUCUCCUGAGAAGAAUGGUUCUUUGCUAACAAGGGGUGGCUGUGGAGUCAAGUUAGCUCACUGGGAUGCGGGAUACAAAGGAUCCAUUGACACCUGGACCAGUUGCUGUCCUAACCAUCCACUGGACUCCUUACCUGGGUCCUGAUCAUUGCCUCCCAACCUGCUGGGUCUCCUCCCAAGUCUCCCAUUUCCUCCCACUGCCUCCUCCCCAUCUGACCACUCACAGCAAGCAGUGCCAACUCACCCAUGAGGCGGACUGAAGCAGCCGCCUAGGGUGGCAGAAUCUCAUGGGAUGGAACCCCUGUGAGCGCUCUGUUCCCCCCCCCAACUCACCAAAUUAGGUUGCUGUGCAGACGAAUCCCCUACAUGUUUCCUCCAAAGUAGGUUUCAAUUAGUUCCAUGGGACUUACUCCCAAGUUAGUGUGCAGAACAUUGCAGCUUUAAUUAAACUGGGCUUUGAAAUCCUGCCCAAAAGUGCCAAGUUCGUAAUAAAAUCAGCAUCCAACAAUCUAUAAUUAGGAAGGCAAAACAGAUCAAGAAUGUAUUGCUCUUUUCUAGGCAUUAAGGAACAUUGAAUUAGCCUUGUAAUUAAUGUCUACCAUGCAUUUAAAAACUUCAUACUUUUAUAACUCCCAGCCCUUCUCAAACAGAUUCCUGCCUAUUGACGUGUACGCUUCAGUGGAAAAAUGUAAUCUGAAGGUUUACUGAGUGAAGCACACUAAUGGUUUUGGGCUUUCCCUACUCCAACUCCUGUGGGGCGGGGGAAUAUAUUGAAAAAUUAAACAGUUGAAAACUUAAUCCAGUUGCAUCCAUAUUUUUCUUUAAAACCAAAAACCUCUCAGUAGUUGCUGUUGUGAAAUAUAAACUCCCAAUAUUUGCAUAAAGGAUGGGGGGGUGGAUUUGCAUUGCAUAAUGACAAACCCUGCAAUCCUCUACUCACCUGAGAAUAGGAUUCACUUCAGAUUAGACCUGGUUAAGUCUCAGAGUGCAAUCCUAUACACAUCUACCCAGCAGCAAAUCCCACUGAGUUCAAUGGGGCUUAUUCCCAGGUAAAGUGGGCAUAGUACUGCAUGUCUCGUGGACUUCAGAGAGAUGCACAGGACUUCCAGGAGUGACAUUUGGAGACUGCAAAAGAGUGUGAUGGAACCCUUUGCAUCCUGGCUAUAAAAUGUUUCACCUUCAGAGCCCAGCUCUGUGUGUGCCUCUGUGCUAACUAUACACCAAGCUGAGGGGACGCAAAAUUGAGAAGAUCCAUAAUUGAGAAGGUCCAUGUGGAGGCACCAAAUUUUGGCCUCACUCUGGGCGCCAUAAUACCAAAGUCCACCCUUGGGAGUGAGCUGUGGAGAAAGAGGAGGUCAGAGUGGAGUGAAUCCGAGCAGCACUGGAAGCCGGUUGGUGAGCACAGCAGAGGAGCAGAACCCCCCUAAUACAGCAGAUGACAGAGAUUUGUUCAGCGCAAGCACACAACACCACUAUUCCAUCAUCCAAGCUGCUUCCCUAUUAAUUUCUGGGCACAAAAUGUUUGUUUUCAUCCAUAGAAGUCCCUUCAAGUCUACACACAUUUCUUCUAUCAUGACUGUGCCCUUUGAACACUGUAUUCAAGCAGCAAGAAGGUGAGAGCUGUUCUUGGUGGAAGCUGUGAAGCUUCUUCCCCACAGAAAUGAGACUCAGAUUACUUUUGGGAAUGCUGCAACACUUUCUUAUUUGGGCUGCCGGGUAGGAUUCAACACCCAGUUGUGAUUUAAUGGAUUAGGAAAACGUGUCUUGAAAUCCCUUUUCAGCCAUCUUGCUCACUGCAUGACUUAAGCUGACACAGGCGUUCUCCGUCAGCCUAACAGACUGCCCUUUGGCUGCUGUGGUGAUAAACAAACUCAUGUAUGUCACCCUGACCUCCUUUGGUAAUAAUAAUUUUUAAAAGUAAGUGACCUGAAACAAACAUUGCAGUGUGGAGUGCUUUUGUUCAGGGUUCCAGCCAGCCAGCCAGCUAUACCCUCGUCCAAGACACUCUAAUCCAUCCUGGAUAGCUCAGUUGGUUAGAGUGCGAUGCUGAUAAUGCCAAGGUUGUGGGUUCUAUCCCCAAAUGGGACAGCUGCAUUAUUCCUGCAUUGCAGGUGAUUGAACUAGAUGAUCCUAAGGGUCCCUUCCAACUCUACAAUUCUAUGAUUUCUUUCAUUUCUGUGAUCUCUUGCCUGGUUUUUUGUUUCCCACCCACCCCAACAGUCAGCCAGCAUUCACAGCGACUCAACACACUCAGCCUUCAUUGGGUUAUCCUCCCUACUUGCUACUUUUAACUACCGUAUUUUUCGCACCAUAGGACGCACCGGACAAUAGGACGCACUUUGUUUUAGAGGGGGGAGAACAAGAAAAAAAAAAUCUCCCCCUCUCUGCCCAGCGCCCCUUCAGCGAAGUGGCAGGCGGCGGUGUGCAGAGAGGGGGAGAACUGUCCCCCUCUUGUUUUCCGCUCUAAAACAAGGUGCCGUUUAAGGAGCGUCCAGGCGGCUGCCUUGAAGCCUGGAGAGCGAGAGGGGUCGGUGUGCACUGACCCCUCUCACUCUCCAGGCUUCAGGUUCCUUUCGACCUGCUCUUUGGGGCUGGCGGGGGGAAGCCCACCACCAGCCCCAAAGAGCAGUUCAGGGAGCAGCGGAAAGGCGCAGCGGAGAGGCUCCUGCCAUAGCCCUGCGUCACCUCUCCAGCCGGGAGAGGGUCACGGGGGCUGCUUUCGCCCGCGCGCGCUCCCGGCUGGAGAGGUGACGGGCGGCUAUGGCAAGAGCCUCAAUAGCCGCCCGUCACCUCUCCAGCCGGGAGAGGGUCGCUGGGGCUGCUUCGCCCGCGCGCGCUCCCGGCUGGAGAGGUGACGGGCGGCUAUGGCGCGUCACCUCUCCAGCCGGGAGAGGGUCACGGGGGCUGCUUUCGCCCGCGCGCUCUCCCGGCUGGAGAGGUGACGGGCGGCUAUGGCAAGAGCCUCAAUAGCCGCCCGUCACCUCUCCAGCCGGGCGAGGGGUGCGGGGGGCUGUGGCGUCUUCGCUGCAUAGGACGCACACACAUUUUCCCUUCAUUUUUGAAGGGAAAAAAGUGCGUCCUAUAGAGCAAAAAAUACGGUAUUUCCCCCUAAGCUUCUUUUUUUGUACUUUGCCAUUCCCCCAAGUCUCCUGAGAAUUCACUUUUCAGCAUGGGUGCCACCAUUUUGGCUACAUAAACGCCUGCAUCUGCACUCUCGUUUGAACAAUAGAAAUAAAGAGACAGAUAAAUUAAAGGUCUUGGGUUUAGCAAACAUGAGCUAAUAUUCAUUGGUUUUACGAUAAUGCAUUCUACAGUUUAAUACAGAGUUUUAUCUUACUGAUUUGAGCAGAAGUUUCAGUAGUAUUAAGUGUCCCCUUGUCCUUCAGGUAGACCAGGAAAAAAAUCUAGCAAUAAAAACAAAUAGAUUGACUUAAAAAAAAAGUUAUGACACCAGGGUGCAAAACUCUGUACACUUACGUGCAGGUAAGCUCUAUUGAGCAGGUCCCAAACUCUAUUCCACAAGCAUCAGCUGGGUGGGCUGUGGCAUGUCUGUGGAUUUCAGGUUGAAGACACAAGAUGACACAUUCAUCAUAUUAAAUAUUCCUAUUGAUUUUAAUUCAUAGACUCAUAGUUGGAAGGGACCCAAGGGUUAUCUAGUCCAGCCCCCUGCAAUACAGGAAUUAAUAAUUGCAUUUUAUUGCUUCUUUUAUUUCUGAUAUUGUAUUUCAUUGUAUUGCAAUAAAAGCAAUAUAAUAAAACACAAUGUAUAAUAAACAAUUGAAGCAAUAAAAUACAAUAAAAAAUCAUACAGUAUUUAGCACGGCACAUUAUAAUUGCUACAAUAGGCAGAGAGAUCCUAAAGUAGUCCACUGAGGCCCUAAGCAAUUUGCAAGUGGUCUGGGGAAAGAAUGGGAACCAUUGUUCUCUUGAACACAGAUGAACUUACUCCAGAGUAAACUUACAUAGCACUGUGUUGUAAAAGUUGGGAGACCCAUACAGUAUCUUAUGUACCCAGAAGGUAUCUUAUGUACCCAGCACUUUCCUAAACAGACAAAGAGACGGUGCUUUUAAACAGAAGUCACACCACACCACACAUCUAAAGCACACUUAUACCGCUUACAUGGCAGGCUAGUGUCUGAAACAAAGAUGUGCUCUCCCAAGCUCACAUUCCCAACAUGUUUGCACUCCUCUCUCAGUGACUUCUCUGCUGGCUUGGUCAUGUCCACAGAAUGGGAGAUGGCAGGAUCCCCAAGGAUGUGCUCUACAGGGAGCUGGCUUCAGGCCCCAGGCCUGUUGGCGGACAAACUCUGUGUUACAAAGAUGUCUGCAAACAUGGCAUGAAGGCUGGCAACAUCAACCCCACCAUGUGGGAAUCCCUUGCUGGCGACUGCAGUACAAUCCAUAGCAGUAACUGGAGGACGAAUGGCUGCUGGUAGGAGCACAGAGAGAAGAAACGCCAUGCUGCAUUUGCAGCAGCACAACUGGACACCAUCAUCUGCCCCAGCUGCAACAAAACAUGUCUCUCCUGUAUCAGUGUCUACAGCAGGUGCUGCAACCUUCUAACAAUUUGACUUCACCCUCAAAGUCACAUUCUUCCAUUGUCUUCCAAAACAGAUGGAUGCCAGCCAGCCAACCAACCAACCAACCAACCAACCAAUACCACUUUAAAAGUCAUGGCUUCCCCCAAUUAAUCCAGAGAACUAUAGUUUGUUACAAGCACUGGGAAUUUUAAGGAGCCCUCUAUUCCCCUCACAGAUCUCAACCCCCAGAGGUUCUUGGGAAGAAUAAUUCAUAAACCACCAUGAGAAUGAUAGAUCAGUUCUCAGGAUUCUUUGGAGAGAAGCCACGGCUGUUGAUGUGCUAUUAUAGUGCUUUAAAUGUAAGGUACGGAUGUGGCCACAUCCCACACUUCAGAACAAGCACUGCUUCUGUUCCUUUGGCUGUGGUAUAAAAGUCGCAAAUGUUCCACUGAGCAACUUCUAACUUCGCAGAAAGAAACGGCAGAGCUGUCACAGAACAUAUAAUCUAAAGUUCAGGCUAAGUUCAGCAUGAAAUAUUCAGAAGUCCCUAAAACAGCCCCUUGACAGGGGUGUAACCAAGGAUUUUUGCACUUCUCUAAAAGAUCCCCUUUCAAUAAAGCUUUUUCCACACUCCUGCCUUGACGUCCCCUGUAAUAAUGAUGUGACCUUUUGUUUCAGCAGAACUUCAAGAAAGUGUGACUCUUUAA